AAGCAAAGGCAUGGGCGCAAGGCAAAUGGAACCCUCUUCUCUACCCUUCCAUUGACAAAUCUCUCUCUCUCCCCCUAUUGCUAUCAACACUAGUAGCCUACUUUAAUCCUCUUCAGUCGGCCUCGUUGUCGUGUCAAUCGAAGAAGUGGGGUUCACGUCUUGGGUUGGCUUCGAUCCUGGGGAUCCUCGACAAAUUCGAAGCCGAAAUUCGAAAAAGCAGGGGAAGAAGGAAGGGAUUCGAGGGUUGGGAGGCCGACCCCCACCGACCCUUUUCUCGGAUAAAGCAAAAGCGUUGAAGAUCUCUAAGGAAGAAGGAGCAGAACAGGCAGAUCGGAUCGUGCUCGCUGUGAAUUCUGCGGAUGAAAGAAAAAGAGAGGGAGACGGCGAUGGACGACAAGAAGGGCAAUGGCGAUGGUGCUGAUGAUGAGAAGAAGCAGAAGAAGAAGAGGAAGGGUCUGGUGUCCUGGAUUUUCGGCUUCUUCCGGAUGAGCCGGAGUGACGAUUUCGAGAAGCGGCUGCAGUACAUCUCCAAGGAGGAAGCUGCCGUGCUCUCCCGGAUGAAGCGGCGAUCGCAUUCGUGGCGCCGAAUGGCCCGUCAUCUCAUCCUCUUCUCCCUCCUUUUCGAGAUUGUCGCGGUGGGAUAUGCCGUCGUGACGACUAGGUCGGUGGAUCUUGACUGGAAAAUGAGGGCUUUUCGGGUCUUGCCCAUGUUCCUCUUGCCUGCUCUUUCUUUCGCAUCUUAUUCUGCUCUUGUCAGCUUCACAAAAAUGUGUGAUCGCAAGGACCAAAAAACUGUCGAGCGGCUUCGGACUGAGAGGCAAGCGAAAAUUGAUGAACUUAAAGAGAAGACUAACUAUUAUUCUACUCAGCAGCUAAUUCAGCGAUAUGAUCCAGAUCCAGCAGCCAAGGCAGCUGCCGCAACUGUCCUGGCAUCGAAAUUGGGUGCAGAUUCUGGCUUGAAGGUGUUUGUAGGAGACGAAUCUCAGUCCGUUGCCUCGACGGGGAAGAGCAAUGACGUUGAGCUUGCGCAGUCCAGUGGGCUACGGAAUAGAAAAGAGUUGCACACCAGGGCUAGCAGUGAAGGGAGUACCAUGACGCGUCAAUCAGAUGGAGGAACACCCACUUCAGCAGCUGAGCACGAGCAAUUGGUUGUUGACCACUAUUAUCCAGAUGCAUCAUCCAUUCAGAACAAUGGAUGGAUCGCUCGACUUGCAGCAUUGCUUGUGGGCGAGGAUCCAAUGCAGUCUUAUGCGCUCAUAUGUGGUAACUGCCACAUGCACAAUGGGCUCGCUAGGAAGGAGGAUUUCCCGUUCAUCACUUACUACUGCCCGCACUGCCGUGCCCUUAAUCAGCCAAAACAGUCGGAAGAGCAUGUCUCCGGGUCUACAUCCCCGGACAUGGGUUCCUUGAGGAUGGGUAGCGGAGGAGACACGAUUGACAAUACCGCUGGUUCAGCGAGCGACAGUGUGGCCACGACGACCGCCACUUUAGGGGCCGCUGAGGUAGUGGAAGCACCAGAAAAGGUUGCGUCAGGCGAUUCGGCUCCUAAGGGAUAGUAAAAUAUGCGCCGCUUCUGUUUUUUUUUCUUUUCUAAUCCCUUUACGACCUGUUUGUGUUUGCCUGCGACUAGAUGGAUUUUGUGUAGGUUGUCUUGCUUGGUCGUGACUUCGGAGUGUAUACGCCUUUUUGGACAGGAUGCAUAGAUCGCGUGGAGUGGGUAUGAGAUUUGUGUAUCUCAGCUUUUGGAAUUGAUGUUUUCUCGACUGCCAUUAGAUGGAACUGGUUAGAGGCAAGAUCUUAUCUGGAACAUAAGUACAUUAGCAUAAGGUAACCAUAAACCUAAUAUUGACUAAGACUAUUCUCCCAAAGAUGCUUUAAUUUAGUUUGAA